AUGGCGGAGUCCGGUCCGUUUAGAGGUCUGCCCCGGAUCCCGAGGGCUGCGGCCUCAAUUCCUGGAAAUCUGCACCUGGUUCUGGUUCUGAAGCCCAAAACUCAGUCUCAGGGCACUGGCACAGACCUGGGCUUCCGCUUCUCUCAAGACGAUUUCACCAUCAAAAUGCCUGUGAUCAUGCUGAGUUCAGUCACUGAUCUACUGCGAUAUAUUGAUGAGAACCAGUUGAGUGCUGAUUUCAGUGGAACUCUUGAGUGCUGCUCCACAGACUGGAUCGUCCUGAGGACGGCGAUAGAGAGUUUUGCGGUGAUGGUGAAGGACAUCGCUCAGCUGCUGCAGGUGUUUGGAACUGAACUGGCUGAGACUGAACUGCCCGAGGAACCAAACGCCAUCGAGUACCUGCUCCACUCUCACACUGACAAGUACAGACAGAUGAAGGAUGACAUUCGCUUGGUGAUGAAGGAGGGACGUCAAAUCCUGUCCAAUCUGGAAGGCGUUAAAAGGACAGAGGACAGAGACAUCACUCAGGACAGAGACACUGUACAGAGGCUCCUAACCCAGCUCAGGGACAUGGAGAUGGCGUUUGAUGGGUUUUUUGAGAAACACCACCUGAAAAUGCAGCAGUACCUGCAGCUGCUCCGCUAUGAGCUGAGCUUUCACGAGAUGGAGGGGAAGCUGCACGACCUGAUUGGCCGAGAGAAAGCGAUUCCUGUUGCAGGAGUGACAGCGGCUCAGACAAAACAACUCCUCACUGAGCUACACACUCUCGACUCCAUCGCUGAGGAGGAGAUGGGUCGUGCUCAGAUCAUCAUCCUUCACGGUCAUCAGUUAGCCGCAAGUCAUCACUACGCUCUGGCUCUCAUCGUCCAGCGCUGUAAUGAGCUGCGCUAUCAGUGUGACACUCUGACAACUGCCCUGCGCAACAAACACACCUCACUCACACACACACACACACUGCAGCUGCACCUUGAGGAGGUGGUACGUUGGUGUGAUGAGAGUGUGUAUCUGUUGGCUGGUCAGAUGGUGGAUAAAUUCCAGUCUAAAGAAGGAGCUCAGGAAGCUCUGAUUGACAUUGAGGGACUCCUGGAGUCCAAACCAACACUCAGCUACACUACUGACACACACAUACCUGAGAUACAGGCUCAGGUGACAGCAGUGAUGGAGAAGUUCUCCUCAGUGCAAGUGAUGCUGGAGAACAGACAGGCAUGUUUGCGUAAACUCACCUGUGUUCAGGUGAGACCCAUCCAGCCUGUCUCCCCGAGACCUGAGAGCCCGACCAGCCUCAAAUCCCCGCUGUUCUCCCCCAAACACAGUUUUGAUGUAAACUCCAGUCUGAAGUUCUCCUUUGAUCUCUCUCUCCCGGGAAAAAGAACUGCACGCAAGAACAACUGCACCAAGAAGAUUGAGGUGAAGCAUGAGGAGAAUCAUGGUGGUGUGUGUCAAGAAGCAGAGGGAGCAGAGAACCCUGAACAGCAUCGAUGUCAUGUGAUGAAGGAGCUGAUUGACACAGAGAAGCUUUAUGUGGAGGAGCUGCUCAGUGUUCUACUGGGUUACAGAGCUGAGAUGGAUAACCCCACUUUGUCUCACAUCCUGCCAUCAGAGCUGAAAGACAAGAAGGAGGUUUUAUUUGGAAAUCUGCCAGAAAUUUACAAAUUUCACAGCAGAAUAUUUGUUCAGGAUCUGGAGAGCUGCAAGGAGACUCCGGAGAGAGUGGGAGCAAGGUUUCUAGAGAGAAAGGAGAAUUUUCAGGUGUAUGAGCGCUACUGUCAGAAUAAACCUCGCUCAGAGGCCAUGUGGAGGCAGUGUGCAGAUUCUCCAUUUUUCCAGGAAUGUAAGACAAAGCUGAAGCACAAAUUGGACUUGGAUUCAUAUUUACUGAAACCUGUUCAGCGUCUCACCAAAUAUCAGCUCCUGCUGAAGGAGCUGUUGAAGCACAGUACACAAUCGCAGUAUGUGUGUGAACUCGAGGGAGCACUGAAUGCCAUGCUCAGUCUCCUCAAAUCUGUUAAUGACUCCAUGCACCAGAUUGCCAUCACUGGCUAUGAGGGGGACCUGUGUGACCUGGGCCGGGUGUUAAUGCAGGGUUCGUUCAGUGUGUGGAUGAGCAGGAAGUCGUCACGUGUGAAGGACAUGGCUCGGUUUAAACCCAUGCAGAGACACCUGUUUCUCUACGAGAGGGCGCUGCUGUUCUGUAAAAAAAGGGAGGAGAAUGGGGACGGAGCCGAACGCACUGCCUGCUACAGCUUCAAACACUGCCUCAGGAUGAGUGCUGUAGGUAUCACAGAGAACAUUAAAGGAGAUGUGAAGAAGUUUGAGAUCUGGUACAGUGGGAGAGAAGAAGUGUACGUAGUGCAGGCUCCAACAAUUGAGGUGAAGUCAGCAUGGCUCAGUGAGAUCAGAAAAAUCCUCACAAACCAUCAGAAAACUAGUCAAGGUGAAGGUCAUGGUGCUGGAGACUCCCUCUCUCCUCUUCUGGUGAACAGCAUGGAGAGGGUGUCAGUCUGCAUGCCCUGGAGCCCCGCCCCUAUCGCAGGCUGCUCAGGUUGUUUUGAUGUCCCUCCUAACAGUAAGGGGGUGCCGGUGCACUCGGAUGAGUCAGGGAGUUCUAGUCCUGUUCUGACGGACCCUGUGAUGUUCUCACCUCGACCACAGAACCGCAACCGCCGCAGUUGGCCAGGAACCUCGAACUCAGUGGAUAUUUGUGAGACUUUAGAGGACUGGACCACUGACCUGUCUUUUAUCUCUGACUCGGAUGAAGACGACGAUGUCCUGCUGGUUCCUGGGAAAUACCGAGCCCUGGUGGAUCACCUGGACUGUGGGAAAGAUGAGGUCAUCAUCAAACAUGGUGAUGUCAUCCACUUACUGCAGGAGAACACAGAGGCGCUGUGGCACAUCAAAAACCUGACUCGCGGAAGUGAAGGAAAACUACCAGCUGACACCUUGCACAGAAUUCUGGGAAAUGUGGACAGAAGUCAUGUGAUCAGACCAGGCGGUGACUUUACGGCUCGGGAAAUAUAAACAGCGUGAUGAACAUACCAUGAUGAAAUCCUCCAUGUUCAAGGAAACAUCUACAUUAUUAACCAGCAUGGACGGACGGACACGCACACACACACACACACACGCAAAACAUCCAACCAAAAACAGUACUGUAUUUUCUGGACUAUCGAGUGUGUAGUGUGUGCUGGAGCGAAGUGUGUGUCACUGUUGUGUAUUAGUGUGUGUACAGUAGGUGAGAUACUCCAGCAAUUACAGCACAGUCCACAGAAACAUACAGGGUUCUGUCUGUGUGUGUGUGUGUGUGUGUGUGUGUGUACACAAACUAGUAUUGUGUAUUAUAUUGUGUUAAAAUCAGUACUUUGUGUUAAACAGGACAGAACUGCAGGUGGAAAAAAUAGUGAUCAGACUUCAACAGAAGCUCCGCCCACAUUGAUUUGGGACUCUGUGUUGGGUAAAGAUCUCACCUUUGUAGCUGCUGCAGUAAAUCGAGUUUACACUCCGUCUCCUUCUCCUACACGAGGCAUUCUGUGUGUUUUGGAUGAAUCUUUAGAUGAAUUAUAAACAGGUUAAUAGAUGUUCAGAGGUUAACUGACCUGGUUCAUCUAAAGGUAGCAGUGUGAUGUGGGUUUAGCCCAAGAGGAAGGCGGUGACUCGUAUAGUCCAGACAAUACAGUAAGCAAAGGAUGUGAUUACUUUUCUCCUCUUUUCCACUGUUCUGAACUUUUCUUCAUCACUGAACAUUUCUGACGUUAGAGACACAACCUCACACAGUCCUCACCUUCACCACCGUGUCUCACAUCGAACGUGUUUCCUGGUGAUUUCUGCAUGCAGGAGCGUCAUGAGGACUUUAUUCUGAAGGUAACGGAACAGAACUCGCUGAUGAAUUCACUGAUUUCCCAUUUCAGUGCCUUCAAGAGCAGAAUCGGUGUGAAAUGAGUCGAGUGCUGAAGCUGGCUGAGAGUGUGUGUGUGUGUGUGUAUACUCUGAUGC